AUUUCAAAGGAAAUUUGAAAAACGAAAAAAUUUUCAAUUUUAAUACUGCAUUCGAAAGCUUAGAAUUGCAUGGAGCUUUGAUUUUUCCGAAAUGAAAUGAAUAUCUUUUUGGAUGUAAUAUUCUUUUGUUGCUGAUGAUUUCUAGGGUUUUGUAGGGGUUACUGUGGCGAUUGACUUGACAGUUUGAUGAUUGCAAAUUUGUUCAUAUAAUUUGAGAACUAUAUGCAAGUGACUGUGCUUCACCAAAAUUUCCAUCUUUGGCCUGAAAGGAAGGUUUUAACGUAGACAACAAUUGGAUGAUGGACAAUUAUGGCCCAAUUUUUUGUAGUGGAAGCAUUUACAUUAUUCUGACUCACCAUGUUUUCCACUUUCCAUGAAGAUAAGCAUGGUAAACCGGACGCCGUAUUCUUUUCGAGGCCUGGAAUGAAGAUCAAGUGCUUUUCCAAGGGGAGAUGCAUAUUAUGGAUUUCUUAGAAUCAUUUAGGAAAUUUAAUUUCUAAUCAUCAUCUUAUAUGGAGGCUAGUGAAAGGACUCUUGAAAAGGUUUUCCCUUGUGGUGAUGUCUAUGCGGGUAACUUUAAGGGACUGCUCCCCCAUGGAAAAGGAAAAUAUACAUGGUCAGAUGGGACUACUUAUGAGGGAGAUUGGGAAGAAGGAAAAAUGAAUGGCAAGGGAAGGAUCUCCUGGGCAUCAGGAGCCACAUAUGAGGGUGAUUUUUCUGGGAACUACCUCCACGGAUUUGGAACAUUUACUGGUUCUGAUGGUUCUUUAUACACGGGUGGCUGGAGGAUGAACUCUCAACAUGGAAUUGGACGAAAGCAAUAUCAAAACUCUGACGUUUAUGAUGGGUGUUGGAAAGAGGGCAAAAGGGAAGGCAGUGGGAGGUAUGCAUGGAGCAAUAGCAACAUGUAUAUUGGAAGUUGGAAAAAUGGGAAAAUGAGUGGUAGAGGGGUUAUGAAAUGGCUUAAUGGCGAUCUUUUUGAUGGCUUUUGGUCUAAUGGACGAAGACAUGGGACAGGCUGCUAUAGGUUUGCUGAUGGAGGUUAUUAUUUUGGCACAUGGACUAAAGGUUUAAAGGAUGGACAAGGGACAUUUUAUCCUGCUGGUAAUAAACAUUCUGCACGAAGGAAGUCUAGUGCUGAUAAAAAUGGGGAGAAAAAGAAAAGAUUAUUGGUUCAUAGUUCAUCAGUUAACUCUGAGAAUUCUGUGAGACCUCAUGUUAGGCGUAGCCAUUCUGAGAAAAUAUCUAAUACCCUUUUGAGAGGUUCAAGUCAAACAUCACACAGGACUUCAUCACUGCGUGAAGAUAGUGCUCUUGAUGAUAUCAGUGUUGAUAUGUCAUUUGACGCUUCAUCUCGUUAUUCUGAUGAUGACCAAUCUGGGUUGCAGGGCGAUAGUUCUGUUGCUUUUGAAAGGGAAUAUAUGCAAGGAGUCUUAAUCAAGGAAAGGGUUAGAAGUAUAAGUGGGCUGUCUCUAAAGAGCAAAAAGAGAUACAAAUUUCAUGCAAAAGAAGUAAAAAGCAAGUCAUGUGUGGAUAUUUUUGAAGGCCAUAGACGCUAUUAUCUAAUGCUUAACUUGCAACUUGGCAUCAGGUACACCGUGGGUAAGAUUACGCCUGUUCCUGCCCGUGAAGUGAGAUCUUCUGACUUUGGAGAACGAGCAAGAAUUAGAAUGUAUUUUCCUAGAAAAGGUUCGCAGUUUACACCUCCACAUUAUUCAAUUGACUUCUAUUGGAAGGAUUAUUGCCCAAUGGUAUUCAGGAAUUUGAGAGAAAUGUUUAAGUUGAAUGCGGCAGAGUACAUGAUGUCUAUCUGUGGAGAUGACGGUCUGAGAGAGCUUUCUUCUCCAGGGAAAAGUGGCAGCAUUUUCUUUCUGUCAGGUGACGAUAGAUUUGUGAUCAAGACUUUGAAGAGAUCAGAGCUUAAGGUUUUUCUCAGGAUGUUACCUCGCUACUAUAGACAUGUAAGCCAGCAUGAAAACACACUCAUAACAAAAUUUUUCGGCCUACACAGAAUAAAAUUGAAACAUGGAAAAAAGGUACGCUUUGUGGUCAUGGGAAAUAUGUUCUGCACUGAAUUGCGAAUUCAUCGUCGCUAUGAUUUGAAAGGUUCAUCUCAUGGGAGAUUUACGAAGAAAGACAAGAUUGAUGAGGGCACUACAUUAAAAGAUCUUGAUUUGACUUAUGAAUUUCAUAUGGACAAGUUAUUGCGUGAAUCACUUUUCAAGCAACUAUCUCUGGACUGUGAGUUUUUAGAGUCUCAGCAGAUAAUUGAUUACAGUCUUCUGCUGGGGUUGCAUUUUAGAGCUCCUGAACAUCUUAAAGCCUUGCUUGAGCCACCUGACUCACUACACAAGCCUGCGAGUGCACAAGCUACUCUUGGUGGCAUGACAUCUCAGGGAGAGCUGUCAAUUCCUCCAAGGGGAUUGCUUUUAGUGACCCAUGAACCCAGUUCAGUCAGUACUGAGCCAGGUCCUCACAUAAGAGGAAGUACUCUGAGAGCAAUGUCUGUUGGUGACAAAGAAGUUGAUCUUCUUCUACCUGGUACCGCAAGGUUGAGGGUGCAACUAGGUGUGAACAUGCCGGCACAGGCAAAUCUCAAGGUCCUGCAAGAUAAGACUGAUUUGGCAGAAGUUGAACUCUUCGAGGUUUACGACGUCGUCCUCUAUCUUGGCAUUAUUGAUAUACUGCAGGAAUACAACGUGAGGAAGAAAUUAGAGCACACUUGUAAAUCUUUGCAGUUUGACCCCAUGUCAAUUUCUGUUGUUGAACCCAAGCUCUAUUCGAGACGAUUCAUCAAUUUUCUGGAGAAAGUUUUCCCAGUUGCACCAUGAAGAUUUUGGCACGCUUCAGUCGAGUCGUCGUUGCCCUUCUUUACACACCUUUUUGUUCAGAAUUCAUUGUAAGGUGAUUCCUCAUUCGUCACAGAUUUUCUUUUAAUUACCUGUACAGGCAUAAUAGCAUCUCCAUCUCUUUUUCAUCUUUUUGGGGAAGUAAAGUAAAAAUCCAGCUUUCGGAAAUAAGAACCAAGUCAAAUUUGUAUUUUUAUCUCCGUUGUAUUC